UUCUCUCUCACUCCUCGUCCCCUAUUGUGUGUGCGUGCGUGUGUGUGUGUGUGUGUGAGAGAGCUCCGAGCUCUCGCAAACCCUAGCAAUGGCGAUCCGAAACCCUACCCCCCAGAUCUCCUCAUCCUACAGCUUCUUCGCCGUCGCCGCGGCAGCGGUGGUGGCGCUACUCCUCCUCGCUCCGCCGUCCUCGGCGGCGGCGGCGGCGCGAUCCGACCCCCUGCGCGCGCGCGCGGAGCUGAUCCGCAAGCAGGCGAGCGACCACGCGGCGGUGGCGGCGGCGUACGCCUCCUUCGCCCGCAAGCUCAAGCUCGAGACCUCGAAGCAGGUGCGCCUCUUCGCCGACCUCUCCCGCAACUUCUCCCUCCUCCUCUCACCCUCCUCCUCCUCCUCCUCCUCCUCCUCCGCCGCCGCCGCCGCGGCGGCCAUGGACGAGGCCGAGCUCCGCCGCUUCGAGCGCGAGGUCAAGGACCGGAUCCGCGCCGCGCGCGCCGUGAUCGCCGACGCCAAGGGCGCCUUCGACGCCCAGCUCAAGAUCCAGCGCCUCAAGGACGCGAUCUUCGCCGCGAACGAGCGCCUCUCCAAGGCCAAGAAGCAGGGCGCCUUCUCCAGCCUCAUCGCCGCCAAAUCCAUCCCCCGCAGCCUCCACUGCCUCGCCGUUCGCCUCACCGAGGAGCGCAUCGCCCCUCCCGAGCUCGACGACCCCCGCCUCUUCCACUACGCCAUCUUCUCCGACAACGUCCUCGCCGCCUCCGUCGUCGUCAAUUCCGCGGUCCGCAACGCCAAGGAGCCGUCGAAGCACGUAUUCCACGUCGUCACCGAUCGGAUGAACCUCGGGGCAAUGCAGGUGAUGUUCCGGCGCGGGGACUACGCGGGAGCGCACGUCGAGGUCAGGGCCGUCGAGGACUACACCUUCCUCAACUCCUCCUACGUGCCCGUGCUGCGGCAGCUCGAGUCCGCGAACCUGCAGAGGUUCUACUUCGAGAACAAGCUCGAGAACGCCACCAAGGACACCACCAACAUGAAAUUCAGGAACCCCAAGUACCUGUCGAUGCUCAAUCACCUGCGAUUCUACCUCCCCGAGAUGUACCCGAAGCUGCACCGGAUCCUCUUCCUGGACGACGAUGUGGUGGUGCAGCGCGAUCUCACGGGGCUGUGGAAGAUCGACAUGGACGGGAAGGUGAACGGGGCGGUGGAGACGUGCUUCGGGUCGUUCCACCGCUACGCGCAGUACAUGAACUUCUCGCACCCGCUGAUCAAGGAGAGGUUCAAUCCCAACGCGUGCGGGUGGGCUUACGGGAUGAACUUCUUCGAUCUCGAUGCGUGGAGGAGGGAGAAGUGCACGGAGCAGUACCAUUACUGGCAGAAUCUGAAUGAGAACCGAACAUUGUGGAAGUUGGGUACAUUGCCUCCCGGUUUGAUAACAUUCUACUCCACAACAAAGCCUCUGGACAAAUCUUGGCACGUUCUUGGCCUUGGGUAUAAUCCAAGCAUCAGCAUGGAGGAGAUAAAAAAUGCCGCUGUUGUUCAUUUCAAUGGCAACAUGAAACCCUGGCUGGAUAUUGCUAUGAAUCAGUUCCGGCAUCUCUGGACGAAGCAUGUCGAUUAUGGUAACGAGUUUAUCCGCCAGUGUAAUUUCGCAGCGUGAAAUGGGUGGGACACUUGCCGCUGCUUCUGAAGAGAAAUGAGAAGUUUGGCCACGACUACUAGAGGUGAACAACUUGUCAUUUUCUAGUUUUGUUGUAGUUGCUCAAUUAGAUUAUGCUCUAAUAUUUAUUCAUAAGACCAAGCUUAGUUCCAUUUCAUAUUUCAUGAUUGCCAGCCUCCCUAGAAUCUUACUUUAUGUUCUGUAUGUAUCUAGACUUGUUUUGGUUGGUGUUCUGAAAUUUAGAAUACCAUAUAAAAUUUCUGGUCCUUUUCUGAA